AUGAUCAGAGACGGGAGGCUAGCGGCAGCUGUGGCUGCGGCUAAGGCGGCAGCAGCUGAGAAGGAAGCAGCGGCUGAGAGAGCAGCAGCGACAGAGAGAACAGCAUCGGGAGAGGAAGAGAGAACAGCAAAAGCAAGUGAAACGACGGCACAGGUCCCACCAGGACAAAUCGGUGUUGCCAAUUCUACUGCUUCCGCUGAAGCAGCAGGUCCGGUUAGAGAUGGGCGGUUGGCGGCAGCUGUGGCAGCUGCAAAAGCAGCAGCAGCAGCAGCGGAGGGAGCAGAAGCAGAGAGAUCAGCAGCAAAGGGAGCAGCAAGCGAAUUGGUACAGGGAGGCCUAGGCGCCACCGCUGCUGCGGAUUCCUUGGCUUCUGCUGGAGCAGGAGGUGUGAUAAGAGAUGGACGGCUGGUGGCGGCUGUGCCUUCAGAUGGACGGCUGGCAGCAGCUGUGGCUUCUGCAAAAGCAGCAGCAGAAAUGGAGAGAGCCGUGAAAGAAGCAGCAGAGCGGAUUGGCGAUCCCAAUGCUGCUGCGGGUACCACUGCGUCUGGUGGUGCGUUGACUCCGUUGACCGCGUUGACCAGCCAGGGGGCUGAAAGCAGGGCGAACAUUGGGCAAGGGAGGGCUGUGGCAGGGGAGGGGAGGACGCCGUCGCUUUCGAGGCUAGAGGCGAGAAGGUACAGCGGUAGAGAGGGUGAGCGAGGGGUGGAGCGCGGUGGAGAGGGGCGGAGGCGGACACGGAGCAACGUAUCUCUGAUGGACACAGGGGUGUUGCGGCUGGAGGAGGAGGUAGAGAGGGAGCUGGCGAGGCAGGAGAAACUGGUGGAGCUGAUUGCCGUGGCAGGGGCUGACAUGCCCACGCUGCCCGUGCAGGAGGAGCAGGACCGGGCUGAAAGGCAGCUGCAUAGAGACGUGCACCACUGGGGAGACGAGGUGGCGCAAACACGGAAGCUGCUGUUAGAGCUUACUGUAGAGAGGGUCAACUUGGAGCGCGCAUUGGAGCAGGUGCACUGGGCCGUGGGGUCGCCUGGUGCCAUGCGUGCCGUUCACACUGCACAAAUGCAACUGUUGCAGCAGACGGCACAGCGGGAGGUGCUCAAGGAGCUGAUUCAGAACGAGAGGAAGGAGAAUGAAAAGGUGGAGGAGUUUCUGGACCAGAUCCUGAGUGACCCUGCGCUAGAUACCACCUCCCCCGGAUUCGCCUCCCUCAUAAAGGACCUUAUCCACACGCUCAACACCAGCCCCCCUGUCCUCCCAGCUGCCACUGCUGCCAUUGGCGCCGCCUCUGCUGCUGCUUUUGCUGCCUUUGCCGCUGCUUCGGCUGCUGCUGGGAGUGCGGGCGGAGGGGGAAUGGGAGGGGUAGGGAGAGGAGGAGGAGGAGGAGUAGGAGGGGGUGAUUUGCACUCUGCUUCUGUUGGCCCUUCUGGUGGUGGUGGUUCUAGGGUAUCUAUCCUCGGGCAUAGCUAUUCUACUCUUAGCUCUAGUACCCAGGUGCAUCGGCUGAAGGACCUUAUAAAGGAUGUGACUGAUCCGAAGGGGACGAGAGAGGGGGGCAGGCGGAGGAGAGGGGGUAGUGGGUCGUGGGAGGAGGGAGGGGAGAGCAUGGGGAACCUGGACUGGCAGGGUCGAACGGGGGGAGAAGAAGAGGAGGUGGGGCAUCUCACAGGAGGCAGUGAUGGCAAUGCGGUGGGCGGAGGAGGCAAGGGAGGAGGAGGAGGAGGGGGAGGGGGGAAGAGUCGACUGAAGGUGCUACAUAAGCUGAAGAAAAAGGUGAGCUCAGCAGGAGUGGGGGCGUGGGGAGGAGGAGGGGGGGGAGCCGCGGGCGCAGGAGGGGGAGGAGGGGGAGGCGGAGGGGGGGAUGAGGCAGGAGACGGGGAAGAGGGGUAUUUCCCUGGUGGGGGGUUGGGGUCGCCGAGAGGGGGAGAGGGAGGGGGCUCAGCCUGGGGUGGGAUUCCAGGAGCACACCGUAGGACCGGCAGCGGUGGUGAUGCUGAUUCUGUGAGCGGACUUGGGUAUAGUGCUGGUGCCGGUGCUGGUGGUGCUAUUGGUGCUGUUGCUGGUGGGGCUGGUAACACCAGUGGUCAUCCGGCUGGUUCUGGUAACCUGGUUACCACCAACGCCAAGCCUCUGAGCCGGGGCAUGUCUCCGUUCAGGAACCUGGGGCGGUAUUUAUCGUCCACUGAAGCAGACCUUAGGAGCCUGGCUGAUGGCGCAGUGGCGAAGAGCGGCGGUAAGAUGGUGCGUGGGCGGCGUGUUUCGGAUGUACCCUUGCAGUCGGACCGAGAUAGCAGCAGCAGCAGCACUCACAGCAGGCGAAAGGUUCCAAGCUACCCUGGUAGGGGAGAGGCAGAAGAUGGCAAGGAAGGGGAGAUGAGAAGAGGAGAGGGAAGAGAGGGAAGAGAGGGAAGAGAGGGAGAGUUAGCUGAGGAAGAGGAUGAUUCCUUGCCGCCUCAAGCUAUAAGGGCUGCCACUCAGCCGACCCUCAAGCGUUCCUUGGCGCGCCGCGCAUCCGACAAUAGACAGGACCUCAAUAACGCGGAUGUUCCUGUGCCAGGACUUCCCGACCUGCCUCCCUUCGCUGCUGCUGAGCUUUCCAGUGGUGCGAGUGGGAGUGAGUCUCUUGUGCAAGCCAAUACAGGAAAGGAUUUGGGCAGCUCUGUUGUGGUGCCUGGACUUGCAGCAUUGGAUUUGAAGCUUGGAGCUGCUGGGGGCAAGGGAAGGGAGGGAGGGGAAGGGGGGAAGGGAGGGAAGGGACAGGUGGGAGGGGAAGGAAGGCAGGAGAGAAGGGCGGGAAGGCGAGGGGGAGACGAUUCCGUUUCACAAGGGGAGGAGGGAGAGGACCGAAACAAGGAGGAGGGAGAGGAAGGGGAGGAGGGAGAGGAGGGGGAGGGGGGAGAGGAGGGGGACGAGGGUGAGCAAGGGGAGGAAGAGCGGGGAGAGGGUGAGGAAGAGGAGGAGGAGGAAGAGAUGGAGAGCAUGGCACAUGGCGCAUGCUCCCCUGCAGUGUUCACUCGGUUCAAUCGCAGCACCUCUGCAAUCCAUCGUGGUGCCGCACCUGCUGCUAACACUCACGCUCCUCCCAGCACCGACCAUGUGCGAGCGCAUGGGCGUGAAUUGAACUGGAAAGAGGGACCCGAGGGGGUCACUCCGAGGCAAAGGAGUGGCGGCGACGCAGCUGCUGCUGCUGCUGCUGUUGCGCUCAGGUCCCGCUCCAUGCGUGAGGGUUCAAGGGGCUUCGAGGGUUUCGAUCGGCCAGGGGAAUCAAAGUACCAUGAUGGAUCAAUGGGUUCUGGUUCUUCUGACCCAGGUCAGAGUAUCACCCUUGCUCCGACGUCCCUCGUGCCUUCCAUGCUGCUUGCAAGCAGCAAGAGCCCAGAGCGCAUGCGCCCCUCUCUCUCCUUCCGCCGUGCGAAAACCCCCGAGAGACACCAUUCGUACAGCCCAACCACUCACUCCUACUCCCCUUCCUCCUCCUCUUCCUCCUCCCGCCCUCGCUCCCCCCUGGGGAAGAUGCUGUCGUUUGCGGUCCGGCAUGCCCCAGGUAUACAUGCCGGUUACGCUCGGAACAAUUCCGAGCCUGGUGGUGUUGCCGCCGGAUUCGUUCGGAACAAUUCCGAACCUGGUGAUGAGGCUCGGGAUGGCUUGUUCAAUGACCGAGCCAGGUCCGGCCUGUCUGACGGUUCGGAGAAUGUUUUUGGUUGGGGAGUGCAGGGAGGUUCGGUGAGUUUUAGAAUGGAGGAUGGAGAAGCGAGGGAAGGGGAGCAGAGAGGGCCGUUUCUUGGUGAAGGAAAUGAAAGCAAUGAAAGCAAGGAGGACAGGGCACCUGGUUCUGGUCCUGCCGCUACUGAUUCGGCCGCCUCUGCUGGCUUUGGCUUGACGGGAUUCGCCCUACAGGAGCAGGAAGCAAGCUGCAGGGCGGAACAGCCUAAUGUGCUUGUAAUAGACGAUGACUAUACAGGGGGGGAAGGAAGCACAAGCCCUGCAGAUGAAAACGCAGCAGAUCUUGCAGGGGAUUCUCAAUCUGCCGCCGCCCACCGGAAGUUCCUGGCCGUUGGAUCGUUCUCCGAGAUGGUCUUGGGGGGGCUGGAAGGGAGGGUAGGGGAGGGAGCGGCACGGGAUGGGUGGCAGGCGGAUGGAGAGGACGGAUGGGCAAAGACAGGGGGUGAAAAUCAGGAGGAGAUUCGGGAGGAGGAUGGGGAAUGCGAUGAGGGGGAAGGGGGGAGUGUACACCUGCGGGGGCAGGAGGAAGGUAUCUUUGGGUCGGCUCAAGAUGAGAUGGUGGGUGAGGGGAAAGAGGAAGGGAAAGGAGAGGGGGACGGGGAAGGGGAGGUGGAUAUAGAAGCUUUCGUUGAAGGAGAGAGUGAGGGAAGGGUAGGAUGGGAAGCGGGUGGUCGUGCUGGAGAGGUAAUGGAGGAGGUGGAGUUUUCUAAUACGAGCACUCUGCAGCAGCAGCAGCAGCAGCAGUAUCUAUCCGCAAUGCUAGAAUCCCUGAUUUCUGCAACAGAGGCAGAACUUGCAAGCAAAGGAAAGAAGGAGCAGGGGAAGAAGAGCAAGGAAGGGAAGGAGAAGAAGAGCCGAGGAUUUUCCAGGAAAGGUGGCAAGGAAGGGAAGGCUAGUAGCGGCGGCGGCAGCGGCAGCGGUGGUGGCAGCGGCAGUGGUGGUGGGUCUGGAUUCGAUUUCAACCUGCUUGGAGGAACCUCUGGGAGUGGGAUGGCGGGAAGUGAUGGUGUGUGUAGCACUGCGAUUGUCACAGCAGGUGCUGCAGCAGCAGUUUCAGCACCGCCGCGUUCUCAGCAGCACCCCAAGCCUCCGCUUGGUUUGGCGGCAGGCUCGGGAGCAGCCUCGGCAGCUGCCGAACCUGCCAGCCGUGCGCCGGCGCCCAGCGGCAAUGUGUUUGCGAAGAUCGACUCGCCGGAGCAGUGGGCAUCUGCUGACAUGGCAGGAUUGCGUUCGUCGUCUGGCGUGGAUUUGCCAAGCCUUUCCGGACCUGCUGCCGAGCCUGUUUUCGAGCCUGAUCUGCAAAGCCCAAGGAGGACGAAGAGCGUAGGCUCGGUAAAGGAGAAGGUGGCAGGCUUAGCUUCGGAGUUCGGUGUGGGGUCUGGUUCGGGGCUGAUAGCCCCCAUUGCCAUGGGAACUACUUGUUUACGGGCAGAUGAAGGAGCAGAUCGGGCAGAGCUAGAGGACUACCGCUCCCGCCCGUGUGCACUCUCAGAGGAGAUGCUGAAAUCCAUUGCAACUAUCUACCUGCACCAUGCACACCCGGCCGUGUGGGGGCUGGGGGAGGGGCAGAAACGUGCCGUUGCCCUCCUGCUCGCGUCAGACCAGGCCCGUGCCACGUCGAAUACAGCCGAUGCCACGUCAGAUUCGGCCCGUGCCACGUCAGACGAGGCCCGUGACGCAGGCUCUAAGUCCCGGAGGGGCCUAGCUCUAGCCUCUGCUACAGCCAAGUCUGCUACAGCCAAAGCGCCCCAGUGGCUGCGGUCGGCGUUUCCCGGAGGCAAGCAGGGGGCAGGAGGGGCAGCAGACGAGCGAGGGUGGGAGGGGACGGAAGAGGGGAACGUGCCCGGUGCACCUGAGGCGGGUUUUUCUGCUGCUGCUGUUGGCGCUGCAGACAUUGGCAUGGCAGGAGCAGCAGCCGCAGCAGCUGCUGCGGCAGGCGUUACAGAAGCAGGGUUUGCAGGGGAUAGACAACCGGAGGGGGCUUUUGAGGGUAACCAGCAGAGGCCGGAUGGGUUUGUGGAUCCAUACGGGGCGUUGGAGGGGCAUCCGAGCUUGCCGGUGGUGGGGGGGGCGUACAGCAGCGCCAUGGAGGUCACUGCUGUGCCUCCGCCCGAAUCCUUCACCUCCGCGGAUGUGUUUCUUCUCUGCCGCUACAGCAGCGCCAUGGAGGUCACUGCUGUGCCUCCUCCUGAUUCCUUCACCAGUGCUGACGUGUUUCUUCUCUGCCGCUACCGAAUGCUAGCGGAGCAGCUGGACGAUGUGAGCCCCGCACUGCUCUCAGAGGACGAGCGCCUGGCCUUCUGGAUCAACCUGCACAACGCACUGCUGCUGCAUACAUUCCUGGUGGACGGAUACACCACAACGCAUGCCAGGCGCAUCGCACUGCUCAAUCAAAUCACCCACGUAUCCCUCUGUACUCCUCCUUCCACUACCCAUGUCAACCCCUCUCUCCCCCCCUCUUCUCCCGUUCAGACAUUCCUAGUGGACGGAUACCCCACAACACAUGCCAAGCGCAUCGCACUGCUAAAUCAGGCCACGUUCACCAUUCGGGGCACGGACAUCAUCCCCUUUGAAAAUGAUUCUCUGUUUAACUCUCUCCAUCUCUCCCUUCUCCUCUCCCCCCUCAUACCUCCCUGCCACCCCAAUCCGUUCCCCCCCUUUCCAGGCCACGUUCACCAUUCGGGGCUCGGCCAUCAACGCCUUUGA